AGGCGCAGCCUCCUCCCUCUCCGUGCCACUGCAGUGCGAGCCUUCCCACGGUGCGAUGAGUUACAGCCUGGACACCAUGCUCAGCGCCAGCUCUUACCGCAGGGCGCUGGGGGCAGACCCGGCCCGCUCGGCCGCCUCCCGCUCCCUGGCCAGCAGCGGCUUCUACUCGCACAGCUGGUCCCGCAGCGUCGGCUCGGUGCCGGCGUCGAAGCGGUCGGCGGGCGGCCUCGGCUCGCAGGUGACCGUCUCGAGCGAGAGCCUGGGCGAGGUGGCGCUCCUGAACGGCGAGGCCAGGGCGCGCAACGAGAAGGAGACGCUGCAGGCCCUGAACGACCGCUUCGCCACCUACAUCGACAAGGUGAGGAGCCUGGAGCUGCAGAACAAGAACCUGGAGGCCGAGGCGGCGUCGCUGAGGCAGCAGCAGGCGGGUCGCUCGGCGAUCGGAGAGCUGUACGAGCGGGAAAUCCGGGACCUGCGCACCCUGCUGGUACAGGUCAGCAAUGACAAGGCUCAGCUCCAACUCGAGCAGGAGCACCUGGACGAGGACAUCCAGCACGUCCGGCAGAGGUACGACGACGAGAGCCGCCUGCGGGAGGAGAUCGACGCCAGCGUCCGCUCGCUGGCCAAGUACGCCGAGGACGCCGGCCUGCUGAAGCUCGACCUGGGCAAGAAGCUGCAGUUCCUCAGCGACGAGGCGUCCGCCAUGAGGGCCGGCCACCAGGACGAGGUGAGGGACCUGCUGAGUCAGAUCCAGGGCUCGCAGGUCACCCUGGAGGUCAGGGACUCCCUCAAGUCGGACAUCACCGCCGCCCUGCGGGAGAUCCGGGCUCAGAUGGAAGGCCACGCCGUCACCACCACCAGCCAGACCGAGGAGGUCUUCAGGGUCAAGCUGGAAAAGCUGAACCAGGCCGCCAAGGUCAACACGGACGCCAUCCACGCAGCCCAGGACGAAAUCUUAGAGUAUCGCAGACAUCUGCAGUCCAAGAACACCGAGUUGGAGACUCUCAAAGGAACUAAAGACUCCCUGGAGAGGCAAAUGUAUGAGAUGGAGGACAGGCACAAUGCAGAUCUCUCCAGUUACCAGGAAGCGGCUCAGCAGCUGGAAAACGAAUUGAGGAACAUAAAAUGGGAAAUGGCUGCGCAACUCAGGGAGUACCAAGAUUUGCUCAAUGUUAAAAUGGCUUUGGAUAUCGAAAUCGCAGCUUACAGGAAACUCCUCGAGGGUGAAGAAUCAAGGUUUAUUGGGACAUCUCCCUAUCCUUAUAUAGAUCAUAAAGUUCCUACAGUGCCAAACCAUAUUAAAACCAAGUCUGUAGAAAAGGUCAAGCCAGGGGACAAAGGCAAAGAUAUUGCAGAGGAACAAAUGGAUGAAAAGACACCCACAACUGAAGAAACGGAAAAGGCUGAAGAAGGAAAGGAAGAUGAGGAGGAAGCUUCAAAGGAAGAUGAAAAGGCAAAAGCCAAAGAAGCAGCAGAGGAAGAGCAUGAAAAAGCAGAGAAGAGUGACCAAGAAAUAAAAUCUGAUGAAGAAGCUGUGGAAGAGGAAGACACAAAGCCUGAAGAAGUUGAAGAAGAUAAAACAAAAACAACUGUAAUUGAGAAGGAAAAAAUAGUAGAGGAAGAGGAUGAAAAGGAGCACCCAAGGGAAAAGCAAGAAGCAGAUUCUACCAAAGAUCAAAAAGAACCAGUGGAUGAAAUCAAACCAGUUGAACCUACACCAAAAGCUAAAGAAGAUAAGGAGAAAGACAAAACAGAAGAGGAGACAGAACCUAAAGAAACAUCAAAAGUAGAAAAGGAAAAAGAGGCUGAGGAACCCUCGAAACCAGAUGAAGAUGAAAAAGAAUCAAAACCAGAGCCCAAAGCUGAAGAAAAGAAAGAGACAAAGCCAGAACCCAAAGCUGAAGAAAAGAAAGAGACAAAACCAGAGCCCAAAGCUGAGGAAAAGAAAGAGACAAAGCCAGAACCCAAAGCUGAAGAAAAGAAAGAGACAAAACCAGAGCCCAAAGCUGAGGAAAAGAAAGAGACAAAGCCAGAGCCCAAAGCUGAGGAAAAGAAAGAGACAAAGCCAGAGCCCAAAGCUGAGGAAAAGAAGGAGACAAAGCCAGAGCCCAAAGCUGAGGAAAAGAAAGAGACAAAGCCAGAGCCUGAAGCUAAAGAAAAGAAAGGCUCUGGUACAGAAGACCCCAUGCCUCAAGCGAAAAUCGAAAAAACAGAAGAAUCAAAGAAAAGUACAAAAGUAGAACCAACUACACCAGAUCCCACAACAAAAGUAAAGGAAGCUGAGAAGACAGUAGAAGCUAAAGACAAAGUUACAGAUCAAAGUAAAGAGAGUAAAAAAGAAACAAAGGAUGAAGUAACAAAAACAGAAGAAAAGAAAUCUGCCCCAGAAUCAACUAACAUUCAAAAAGACAAAGAAACAGAAAAAGAACAAAUUAGUAAGGAAUCUAUAAAGGCCAAAGUAUCUGAAGUUAAGGAAGAAACACAAGUUAAAGAUGACAAAGAGGGAAAGUCAGAGAAGACUUCCAGUACUAAAGAAGAGACAAAAACAGCAGACAAAACUAAAAAAGCCGAGGAAUGAAAGGUGGAAAGAUUGUAUUGUGGAGAGAAAAGAAUUACCAAAGAACACUGGCUCAAGAAACAAAGUGAAUAAUGUAGAAAAGUGGUUAUGAUAAUAUUGUACCCUGUUAUGACACAAGGGUCUGACAAGCAAUAGGUACUCACAAAAGAGGCGUCAAAUGCAUUAUGGUAACUUAUAGAGCAGAAUGUGAUGUAUGCAGAAUGCUAAGCACUUGCACUUGAAGAGUGUGAAUCAUUAUCCUGCCUCAGUAAUAAGUGCAUUUAACAUGACUGAUCAUAUGAGGUAUAUCACCUAAAGAUAAAGCAUAUUUGCUGAUUUAUGUUAAUCAAAUAACACACCAGUCAUGAAUUUAAGUAAAAAAAAUCCUCAAUCUAAAAUCUGCACCAAAUAACUGUCAAUUAUCACAAUGUGCAAUAUAUAAAUAAAGAGCUUAACAGAUACAAUGUGCCUCUGAAGUAUGUAUCAGUACCAAUGCAUAUUGACAUAAUUAAGAUAUAUGUGUAAUGAUAACACAAUAAACAAUUGCAUUUUCUUCGAAUAAAACAGCAAUUUUGUUCUAGGAA